GGUACUCGGGGACAGACACCAAGCGCAUGACCAUCAACAAGGUGCUGUCCAACGACGUCCUGGCGCAGCAGAACCAGUACGUGCAGCGCUGCAUCGACUGGAACAGGGAUAUCCUCAAGAAGGAGCUGGGCUUGCUGGAGGAGGACAUCAUCGACCUGCCGGCCCUCUUCAAGCUGGACAAGCAGGGAAAAGCUGUUCCCUACUUCCCCAACACGGGGCGAGGUGCGCUGCGGCACCAACGUCCAGCGCCGGCCCUUCGCCUUCCAGUGGUGGCACUUCACGCCGUAGCCAGGCCUCUUCUUCAUCUUCUUCCUCCUCUUCCUCCUCCUUCUCCCUCCACCUUUGUCCUCAGCGUGUGUUGUUUGAAAUUCCCUUAAUA